AUGUUUUCUAAAGUCUUCGUAUCGUUCCUCGCUCUCGCCGCGGUCGUCUCUGCGGUCCCGUCGAAGAGAGCGUCCUGCAGCAAGGGUCGCAGCGCCAGCAAUGCAAAGUGCUGCGUCUGGUUUGACGUCCUCGACGAUAUCCAGACGAACCUUUUCGACGGAUCUCAGUGCGGAGAGGAAGCUCAUGAGUCUCUGCGCUUGACUUUCCACGAUGCUAUCGGCUUCUCGCCUGCCCUGGCUCGCCAGGGGAAGUUCGGCGGUGGUGGCGCUGACGGCUCCAUCAUGGCCUUCGCCCAGAUCGAGACCAACUUCAAGGCUAGCGUCGGGAUGGACGAGAUCGUCGAGGAGCAGCGCCCCUUCGCGCUCAAGCACAAGGUUUCCUUCGGUGACUUCAUCCAGUUCGCUGGCGCCGUCGCCGUGAGCAACUGCGCGGGCGGCCCGCGCCUCCAGUUCCUGGCCGGACGCUCGAACCACUCGCAGGUGUCGCCCCCGGACCUCGUCCCGCUGCCCGAGGACCCGGUCGACAAGAUCUUCGCGCGCAUGGCCGAUGCCGGCUUCUCGCCCAACGAGCUCGUCGACCUGCUCGCGUCGCACACCGUCGCUGCGCAGGAUCAGAUUAACCCGAACGUUCACGGUAGUCCGUUUGACAGCACCCCGUCGACCUUCGAUGCUCAGUUCUACGUUGAGACCCUCCUCAAGGGGACGGCCUUCAGUGGCAACGAUACCACUGCCAACGUUGGAGAGGCCAAGUCUCCCAUCCCUGGGGAGUUCCGCCUCGCGUCUGACGACCUGAUCGCCAGGGACCCUCGCUCUGCUUGCGAGUGGCAGUCCUUCGUCACCAACCAGAAGCUCAUGGUGGAGCGCUUCACGCAGGCGAUGGCGAAGAUGUCCACGCUCGGGAACAACGUGUACGAGCUCGUCGACUGCUCCGAGGUCAUCCCCGUCCCCUCCAAGGCCGCCUCGAACGUCGCGCACUUCCCCGACGGCAAGACGAUCAAGGACAUCGAGCAGUCCUGCAAGGGCACGCCCUUCCCCGUCCUCCAGACCCAGGCCGGCCCGACUUCCGUCCCUGUUGUCCCCGACAGCUAA